AUUGACUGCGUCGCCUGCAAAACAAUCAUUUAUUCGCUUCUGCGGAACUAAAACAGAAGAAGAAAACGAAUAUUUUCUGAAAAUGUUUCGCACGAGUGCUGUCGUGUUUAUGGCCGGUUUGAUGCUGGUAGCUGUAACAAAAGGAGAAAAGGGAGCGUUUGAUGACCAGGACGUUCAGAAGAGAUCGAAACGUCCGCUCAUGAUAACAGCUCGAUCCUGCCUUGAUCACCUGAAGAAUGGCAAAACCAAGUCUAGCUACUACCCGAUAGUCACGCCGAAAGGAAGUCAGAUGGUGUACUGUGACCUUGAAAGUGAACGUGGCUCUGCCUGGACGCUAGUGUUGUCCCAUGCUAAAAGGUAUGCCUACAAGAGUAACAUCGCCCCUUUUAAAUACAGUUUGACGAGAGACCUCCCGGUCAAUAGCAAGAGCCCUAACUUCAACAUGUACCGUAUGAGCCAUGCCCAGAUGAAGAACAUCCAGUCCCAGUCCACCCACUGGCGAGUCACGUGCAAUAACUAUGUUGGUGACUAUUCCGAUUAUGUACGUGUCAAGUUUCGUGACCUGGAUCCCUUGAAAUUCAUUGGUAKUGGUGAUUGUAAAAAGGUCGAAUACAUUAACGUCAGAGGCCACGUAGGGAUCGGUGUUACAGCAGCUUUCUGGCAAUAUAAUCAUGAAAUGCUUCAUCACGACUCUUCUUACAACCGCUGCCAGUUUGGUAGAACCGCCGGUGCAGUGGGUAGUGAAGACAACUUUGGGCUAUACCGUUUUAUGAACGGAAAGAACCGUUGUACUAGUCAGGCCACAAGCACUUCUAACACUUGGUUUGGCGGAUAUUUGUAAAAAUGAUUUGCUGUGAGAGAUACCUUUUUUUCAUUAAAUCUUUUUUACCCUUACUUAUUUAAGGUGUGAACAUUAGGUAGGCACAUGAUUGUUGCGAUCUACACUCCACAGUACAAUAGUCUCCUUCACGGUUACCUUCGCCAUCUUGAAAGGUAGCCGUGCCUUUGCAUCGAAGCGAGACAACCGUUGAGCGUGCAAUGAUAGAAACCUG